AUGUCGGCUCAGUGCUAUGCCAUUAAUGGCACCGCGUACCCGGACUCCCGUUACGUGCCCUGCAACAAAACGGCUGCGGCAAGCGGCCAACAUACAGCUUGCUGCGCGCCGACCGACGUGUGUUUGACGAACGGACUGUGCCAGGAGGCUGGCGGUAAUAAAGCCAGUACAAACCUAUUCUGGCGCAACGGGUGUACAGAUCCGACGUGGAACGACGCAGCAUGCGCGAAGCAUUGUGAUGGCAUGGGCGACCCCAUGAGCCACGCCAUCCACUACUGUCUCACAUCAGACGCAUGGUGUUGCCCGACCGGCGCAUUAAGAGACAUCGGCACCCCCCUCAACACAACAUGCUGCACAAUCACAGACCUCGAGUUCACCGCCCCAGACCCCGUCGUAUACACCACCGCCAACCUCGCCGUAGCCAUCUCGACAAUCGCGGGGUCCGCGUCGUCUAGCAGCGCGACAAGGGUCAGCAUAGGCACCCUGUCGAGUUCCGCUCUAAGCACAGGCGCAUCGACAUCCCAGCCCUCAUCAUCGUCGCAGAACUCCCAGGCCUCCCAGACCGCUGCGGCGGGGUCCGGAUCGUCGUCCAAAACCGGCAUUUAUGUUGGCGUACCGCUGGGCAUUGCGCUGCUGGCUGCGAUUGGCGUCAUUGCGUGGUUUUUGCGCAAGAGGAAGGCGAGGGCUGCUGCUGUAAAUUCGCGUACAAUUCCGGAGCUGUAUGAGGACGAGACGAAACGCCCGCAUUAUGCUGAGGCGGAUGUAGGUCCCGUGCGGUCGGAACUGCCGCAUGGGCAGCCGAUUGCUGAGUUGCCCAGUAGUAGGCACUUGUGA